CAGGCCUGGAAAGGAGUGUACAGGGAUCCUCAAUGUACAGGCCGCAGUAGUGCUACCGUUGGAAAAUUAACUAUAAUAAAAUACGACACAUUCAAGGAGAUCCGAAACUCGUAAACGUUUGGAAGGCUGUCGCGGAGUAGACACUUUCCACCCAGAGGCCAGAUUCGCAGAUUUGCUUAAUAUUUGUGACCAUUUUUCCUGAAAUACACAGUCAUCAAAUGUGAAGCAUUGUGGAAAAUCACGGAUAAUGGAUCAAGGUGGCGGGAUCCUGGAGCUUCACAAGGAGUUGAAAAUGGCCCAUACAAUGAUAAUGCCAGAUUUCGUUGCAGGGAUGGGAGGCAUGGCCCACAUUGAUGGAGAGCACAUUGUGGUGUCAGUGCCAGAGGCUGUGCUGGUCUCAGAUGUGGUGACGGAUGAAGGGAUUAUGUUGGAGACCGGUCUGGAGACUGAGGUUGUGGAAGGACCUGACAUCUGCCAAGAAGACGUCAUCACUACUGAGGGAGUGAUCAUGUCUGAGUCUAUCCUAGAAGCAGAGGUGGCCAUUGAGGAGGCUCUGGGCGACACCGCUGAUCUGAUCGAAGAGACGGUGCCUGAUCAGGUGUUUGUGGCUGACCUCAUGUCACCUCACGAGGAGAACACGCUGGACCAUGAACUGGUGUCUGCAGGGGUCAUGGUGACAGACACAGAGACGGUCAUCCAAUCACAUGACACAAUGCCGUCUGAUGUUACUGUUAAGGGUGAUGAUGACGAGGAUGUGAAGAGCACCUCAGAAGACUACCUCAUGAUUUCCUUGGAUGAGGUUGGGGAGAAGCUAGACAUUGGAGACACUCCCUUAAAGAUCAGCACAGAUGUGAGUCAGGAUGACGAUGGGUCGAAGGAGGAUGAGUUCAGCUCGGAGGUCAUUAAAGUUUACAUCUUUAAAGCAGAUGGAGAUGAAGAUGUGGAAAUAGGCAGCACAGAGGUGGUAGCAGAGAGUGAUUUUCCCAACGGCCAUGCCGUGCUGGAACCAGCGGGCACAGGCAGACUGCCCAGAGAGAAGAUGCUCUACAUGGCUGUGAAGGAUGCCAGCCAGGUCGAAGAGGACAUCAACUGUUCAGAGAUGACAGAUCAGGUGUAUAUGGAGGUGAUUGUUGGGGAGGAAGAGGCUUCUGCCAUCCAGGAAGCUCAACUGGAGGACACACCAGUGAACAAGACCUUCGUCCCUGCGGCCUGGGCAGCUGCCAUUGGUAGCAGUCUAGAGAGUAAGAACAGUGCUGCCACUCCCUAUCUGCAGAUCACUGACAGCAUCAGUUCCAGCCGAGCUCUCAAGCAGAAGAUCAAGAAAAAGAGGAGGGGAGAGUCACGUCAGUGCCAGACAGCUGUAAUCAUCGGUCCCGAUGGGCAGCCCCUGACUGUCUACCCCUGCCACAUCUGCGGCAAGAAGUUCAAGUCACGGAGUUUCCUGAAACGCCACAUGAAAAACCACCCCGACCACAUGUUAAAGAAGAAAUACCAGUGCACCGACUGCGACUUCACCACCAACAAGAAGGUGAGUUUUCACAACCACCUGGAAAGCCACAAGCUCAUCAUCAAGAACGAGAAGAUCCCCGAGUACACAGAGUACACUCGCCGCUACCACGAGGCCAGCCCGCUCAGCUCCAACAAACUCAUCCUGCGCGACAAGGAGCCCAAGCUGCACAAGUGUAAGUAUUGCGAGUACGAGACCGCCGAACAGGGUCUCUUGAGUCGCCACCUGUUGGCUGUGCACAGCAAGAACUUUGCGCACGUGUGCGUGGAGUGUGCCAAGGGUUUUCGCCACCCCUCGGAGCUCAAGAAGCACAUGAGGACCCACACGGGCGAGAAGCCCUACCAUUGUCAGCACUGCGAUUUCCGCUGUGCCGAUCAGUCCAACUUAAAGACUCAUAUAAAGAGCAAACAUGGGACCGACCUGCCCUUUAAGUGCGGACACUGCCCGCAGGCGUUUGCCGACGACAAGGAACUCCAAAGGCACACAGAGAUCUUUCAGGGUCACAAGACCCACCAGUGUCCGCACUGCGAACACAAGAGCACCAAUUCCAGUGACUUGAAGCGUCACAUUAUUUCGGUGCACACAAAGGAUUUCCCGCACAAGUGCGACGUGUGCGAGAAGGGCUUCCACAGGCCCUCUGAACUGAAAAAACAUGCCGAAACGCACAAGGGAACUAAAGUACACCAGUGCCGGCACUGCGAUUUUAAAAUAUCGGACCCCUUCACGCUUAGCCGCCACAUUCUGUCUGUUCACACCAAGGACUUGCCGUUUAAAUGCAAGCGUUGCAUGCGCGGCUUUAGGCAACAGAACGAACUUAAAAAGCACAUGAAGACGCACAGCGGUCGCAAGGUAUAUCAAUGCCAAUAUUGCGAGUACAACACUACGGACGCUUCAGGUUUCAAACGGCACGUCAUAUCAAUCCACACUAAAGACUAUCCGCACAGGUGUGACUAUUGCAAGAAGGGUUUCAGGCGACCAUCGGAAAAGAACCAACAUAUCUUGCGACAUCACAAAGAAACCUUAAUGUAAUGCUCUUUCACCCCAAAACAAGAGCCUACGUUAUAUUCUACAUCCACACUUGUCAUUUAGAUGGCUAAACUGUCUUGUUAUUUAAGGUUCUGGUUAUAUGUAAAGAAGCAUAACUAAAACUGAGAUGGGAAUGAGUGGUUAACAGCAUGGUAUUGGUAAAAACCGCUCACAGUCUCUGCAAAGGAAAUCACUCAUUCAGGGUUUCAAAUGUCUAUAUUUUUAUACCCACUUUGCUUAAAUGCUGCAAGCAAAUCGUGUCCUCUAAUAUUGAAGGAAUAGUUGACCUAAAAAUUAAAAUUCUGUCAUUUACUCAUUUCUCGUUUCAAACCCGAAUUGCGCUUUUUUCCUUGGAAUGGAAUACUGUCAAUUUUUUUUUUUUUUUUUUGCAUAUUUUUUCCAUGCAAUGAAAGUGAAUGGUGACUAAGGCUAACAUUCUGCUUAACAUUUAAUUUUACAUUCCAUGGAAGACCACAAGCAGCUUCGGAGCAACUUGAGGAAAUGACAGAAUUUUCAUUUGUUUUUUUUUUAGGUGAACUGUCCCUUUUAAGACUGGUAAGAGCAUCUUCAUCAUUGGGGAAAGAUGCUCAGUCAAACAUCAGUUUGGUGUAGACUCCUCAUUAAAUGUAUUUUACCAACUAGUAUGUCCAGGUUUUACUGUACCUUUUACCGUUUUACAUCCAGUCAUGAUGUUAAUUUAAGCAACAAUGUAAAAUUAUGCGAUUCAAACCAGUGCAUUUUACCACAUUUACAAAGCAUUUGCUCUGAAUUCCUGGUAUUCCAGUGCUCAUUCUAGCUCGUCAGAUGAACCUAGCAUGUUUGAUACGCAUCAAAGUUUUGUUGUUAACUUUGUGAAUACCACUACAAGAUUUAGUGUGUAUGUAAAUCAAACAAUAACAUAUGGCAAACAUGCACAUACUGCCAAUAUAUUUCAGAUCUCUCUAGUCAUGCCUUAAAUGCAAUGUAUUUUCUUGCACUGAAUUAAGUAAAUAUGAGUCAAUUGUGAAUAUUUUUUAAAAAGUUUCAAUAAUGCUACAAUAGAUGUAUACUGUACAUUAACAAAUGCAAAUCACAGUCAGAGCACCUGUUUUGCUUUUAUAAUGUCACUUCUGCGUUAUUUAUUUAUUAGCAGGUGGGCAGACAUGCGCACGGCAAUCCUUAACCAGAAUCCAUCCCCCUUCCUACAAGUAUUUGUGAAUAAAAGACCUCAACGAUUUAAAAGAGGCAUGCCUUGAUAUCUAGCACUAUUAAUUGCCGUAGCUAUUGAUGUCUAAUACUACUGCAGUUAACAACAGUACCCAAAAACUAAACUGCAACAUAUCGUACAUGGAUUUGAUUGAUGUUAAGAGCUGCGCUGGGCUGUACUACCCCUAACUGUUUUUAUUGUCUGACAUCCCAAUGUAAUAGUCACUCUAAUGUUGUCAUUGUAAAAACAUUCAUUAAAAGCACUGUCUCAAGACAUUAAAAGGUUGUCAUGUUUUAAGACAUACUUUAAAAUGUUCCGCUUCUGGUAGUGACGAAAUACCACUUUUCUGUCUUCUGGAAAUAAAUAAAUUGUUAAAUUUAGGCGUAAAUGGAUUAAAUAAGUUGCUUUUGCUAUAUACACAUUUUGAUUCACAAUUAAAUUGGCUUUAUUAAAUUAGAGGCAAUAACCUUAGACAGUGUAGAUGCCAUAUUUGAUGCAAAUAAAAAAGUGAGACUGCAAGGGAUAUAUGUACUCCUAUAUAUGUCGGGAUAUACAAAACAUCUUUCUAAAAAAAUUCCAGUGGACAGAAAACUGGAAAACAUGGGUUUUGAAAAUUAGACAUGAACUAAGACCUUAAAGGGACAGUUCAUUCAAAAAGCUAAUUUUGUCAUCAUUUACUCACUGUUGUUGUUUCAUACCUGUAUUAUUUUCUACAGUGCAACAGAAAAGGCGAUGUUUGGUAGAUUGUUGUCCUAAGUCACCAUUCACUUUUAUUGCAUCUUUUUUCCAUACAAUGAAAGUGAAUGGUGACUGAGGCUGUAAGUCCCUAAUAAGCUGCCUAACUUCUUGUGUUCCAUGGAAGAUAGAAAGUCAUACAGGUUUGAAACAACAUAAAAAUUAUUAGAAACUUUCAUUUUCUGAUUAAAUGUGGUGUGUGCCCUGACUAAGGUACAUAAAACAAAAUGUGUUCAAUUGAUCAAGUACUCGCACUGGCAAAGAUUUUGGAUCCCUAGGCACCUUAUUUAUUAUUGCAUUUACAUGACGUUUGUGGCUUUUAGGAUGAAACAAGCAUUGUUCGAAACACAUCUGCAAGCUAUUGUUUGGUUGGCACCAGUGGCAAAAUGUAUGCGGUCUAGAUGUUGCUGUGCUAUUUACAGUUGUGAUUGGAAACCACAUUUUUCAUGUGAAUUUAAAUGCAUGCACUUCAAGUAUUUUCUUUUUGGUGUUGGUGACAGAUGGACUACUGGUGAGGAGGAAUCCAAAUAAAUAUGUCUUUC